CUUCCUUUGCUCCCUAUUAGAAGGAACCUUUUAUAUACUUUGUAGGCGGAGCUGUUGAUGAAAAUGAUCUGAUUUUAGCAAGUAUUCAAAUUAUUUUUUUAAUAUGUUUGAAGAAGUUGAUAGAUUUGCCUUUUUAAUAUCGUUAACAGAAGCCCCUCAUGCAGCGUAGCCAGCGAGUAAUGUGAUAAAGCUUUUACUAGAUUGUAAUGAUGAUUGGGCUAUAACUUUGAUAUAGCAAAUAAGCAGUGGAUCUGUCCAUUGCACAUCAUAGGGACUUCAUGGGGGUACUGUUGUUUUAUCUUAUUUCUUAAAAACAUUGAUGACAUUUUAAAGAUUACAACCACAAAAGUUGAAGAUGUUGAGGUGCUUUUUUAUGAUAUAGAUAGAUAUCGUUUUUACCCAUUCGGGUGGGUGCUUUCAUAGGGUUAGAAACUUAUCCGUUAGAGUAAACUUUUUAUUUAUUAUUGCAGGCUUUGUUCCAUGCCAUGCUUCAAUAUAUGACAAACAACGACGGGUGGUAUUACAAUUCAUAUAGUCAUUGCAAAAGGUCAAAGUUGUACUAAGGUCAAUUCUACAUUUUCCAUUCAGGCCUCAAGGUUAUGCCAGGAUUUGGUGUUAAAUAUGAAAUUGGUUGUUCAAUGUUCAUUCAUUUUAAAAGAGGGGCUAAGAAGAUAAUAGAGCAGUUUCUUGUUAUCGUGUAUGUUUCCUCUUAAGAUUUUAAGGUAAAAAACCUCAAGGGAAAGGGAAGUGUACUGUGGAGAAUUCAAGCUCUGCAUCAGCAACUACUGGUAGAAAUGCUCAAGUCAAAAGGAAGCACCCUUGUGAUGCUCUGGCUGGGAGUUCAAGCUCUGCAUCAGCAACUGCUGCAACUGGUAACCAGUAGAAAAGUUCAAGUGAAGGGGAAGCGUCCUGUUGAGAAUCCAAGCUCUGCAUCAACAAUUGCUGCAUCUGGUAGAAAAGCUCAAGUGAACGGGAAGCACCCUUCUGUUGAGAGUUCAAGCUCUGCAUCAACAAUUACUGAUAUGGUUGUGGAGGAAAAAGAUUAUGUAACAAGACCCUUGGAGUCUAUAAGAUCUAUUUUAUUGGAAGACACGGAUGUAAUAGACACCAAAGAAGCUCCGCAGAGCCCUUAUUAUGUGGAUGAAUCAGGGUAUCCACCUGAAGCAGAGCGGGAAUAUAUCUGGGAGGAAGAUCAUUUCGUUGCCAAGGUAUCCAGAAGGGCUCGAGAUGUUGCCUCUGACCUCUCGUCACAAGUCCACACGUUCCGUGUAAAAAACCUCAAGGGAAAGGGAAGUGUACUGUUGAGAAUUCAAGCUCUGCAUCAGCAACUACUGAUAGAAACGCUCAAGUCAAAAAGGAAGCACCCGUGUGAUGCUCUGGCUGGGAGUUCAAGCUCUGCAUCAGCAACUGUUGCAACUGGUAGAAAAGUUCAAGUGAAGGGGAAGCGUCCUGUUGAGAAUCCAAGCUCUGCAUCAACAAUUGCUGCAUCUGGUAGAAAAGCUCAAGUGAAAGGGAAGCACCCUUCUGUUGAGAGUUCAAGCUCUGCAUCAACAAUUACUGAUAUGGUUGUGGAGGAAAAAGAUUAUGUAGCAAGACACUUGGAGUCUCUAAGAUCUAUUUUCUCAGAAGACAUGGAUGUAAUAGACACCAAAAAAGCUCCGCAGAGCCCUUAUUAUGUGGAUGCAUCAGGGUAUCCACCACCUGAAGCAGAGUGGGAAUAUAUUUGGGAGGAAGAUCGUUUCGUUGCCAAGGUAUGCAGAAGGGCUCGUGAGAAUUUCAUAAUGGCUGCACUUGAAGAACUACCUAUUGAAAUGUUAUUUCUAAUAUUACUGCAACUAGACAUGUUUGAACUCUUGCUGAUGAAGCUAGUCAGCACUUACUUCAAGAAGGUAAUGGAGCAAGGAUUAAGCUUGGAAUUCUUUAGAGAAUACAACCUAAAUGGAAGAGAACAGGUGUGGUUCUUCUCGUACAUUCAUCACAACAUGGCUAGAAUCUGCCAUAGGGUGGCAGCAGUAAGGGAAGGGGAAGAUGGAAGAAGAAAGAGGAUUUGCUUGACACUAAAGGGGAUGGGGGAUGAGGACAUGCAGUGAGUGGAUGUAUAGAAAGUCUCCUAGUGUUUAGGCACUAUGGGGAGGAAAAUGGAUUCAUAACUUAUAAUUUAUGGAACAAUGCUGUGUCAAAGAUUCAGACCAGGUACACCAUCGAAAUGACAAGAAAGGAAGAGGUCCAAG